UCAUCAUCAUCCCCGCCUGUUUGUCAGGCGCACAAUGGACAACAGAAGUAUAGAGAGGAAACGACCAUUCAAUGAGAAGUCAAAGGAUAAAAUAAUUGAAAAAGCAGAAGACGAAGAAGAGGAAGAAGAUGAAAGGAAGAGUGUUACUGGUAGUCAUGUAGAAGACGAAAAGAAGAAAGGGGUUGGUGGGAUUAACAGAAGAGGAUCAAGUGCCUGUCAAGCAGACAGGUGUGGAGCUAACUUGGCUGAUGCAAAGAGAUAUCAUCGCCGCCAUAAAGUGUGUGAGUUUCAUUCCAAGGCGCCUGUUGUGAUCGUUGCGGGCCUGAGGCAGAGGUUUUGCCAGCAAUGUAGCAGGUUCCACGACAUAGGGGAAUUUGAUGAGGCAAAGAGGAGCUGCCGGAGGAGAUUGGCGGAGCACAAUGAGAGGCGGCGGAAAAUUAAUUCUGAAACUCACAAUGAUGGCGGCGAAAGUCAUCAUCAGAAACCAAUGGAAGGGCGUUUCAGGCAUGUUGAUGACAGAGGAAGAAGAGUGAAUUAGAUGGACGCUAAUUCUGGGAAUUGGAGCAGCAAGUCUUUCCAUAUCAGAUAAAGCUAAAGAGCUCAGCAGCAGGCUCUCUGUCUUCUGUCAUCUUCUGCCUCCUUACCUUGCUUGCCAAGGCACAUGCAUAACAGCUUCUGUUAUAAGAAUAAAUAAAGCAUCCAACUCACAGAAAAUGGUGCAUUUUUUUGUUUUUAGAUUUACAACAUGUGAACUAGUUUGAGCGUCCCUUAUUUUAGUGAUCUCUACUCCUAAUAAAGAACCCUUUUUUUUUCUCUGCAAUAGAGGGCUAGAGUCCGAAGAAGCUAACAAAUUAACAAUG